CCAAACGACCCCUAAAUUAAUUCUCUAACAAAAAAAUUAAAUUGAAAGUAAAGGUAACCAAAUCAAUUACGAUCCUCACUUUCCUUUGAUGCUGAUUUUAUUACUAUCAUGAUUAAUUAUAUGACUAAUUAUGGUGCCGUCGUGUAAAAUUGAAACCCUAGAAGCCUAAUCCUCAAGGAAAUAUAAAGCGAUAAAUGUCAAAAAUUUCGUUUGCCGAUCUCACAAUAUCUGCAAAACAUGCCCGUCGUCGGCGAAAGAAGGCAAGCCCGCGGCCGCUUCUUCGGCCGGUGGUUAAGACAACUCUUCGUCCCCCCCAACGUCGCCGUCGGACAACGGUGGCUGCCGGAGGAAAUCCAGGCAAAAAUCCUGUCCAGGCUGUCGACCCCCGCAUCCAUCGCCCGAUCCCGCUGCGUCAGCAAAUCGUGGCGCCGCCUCCUUUCCGACGACGGCGAACUCAUCGCCAACGCCCUCCUCUCCGACGGCGACCCGGAAUUCGGCCCGGAGGCUCGCGUCAUCACCUUCAGCACCCACUACGAGUUCUACUCCGUCGCCACCCGAGACACGCUCCGACCCGUAUCUUCGGGCACCCCGCCCGGCCCGAUAACUCAGCCCGCGAUCCGCGUCCGCGGCUGCUGCAACGGAAUCUUCUGCAUCUGCGACUUCUUCGUCGAGAAACAAUUCAUCCUGUGGAACCCGACGACUUGCGAGGCAAAGGCGUCCCCGCCGAUCCCCUCGCCUCCUGUCCUCGGCGGUGGCGGCUUUGAUCGUCGACCGGAUGUCGGGUUCGGGUUCGACCCGAAAACAGGGGACUACAAGGUGCUUGUCUCGUUCUCGGGCCGUGAAUCACGACCGCCCCUAGAAGCGAUCCACGUGUACAGCCUACGAGAAGACACGUGGAGGAGGUGGCGGCGGAAAAAGUCCGCCCCAUUGAAUGCCGGUCAAAGCUUUGGUCCAGUGGUAUCUCGAGCCACAGGUUAUGUCUCGAGAUGCCACUGGAUCGAUACGCGGUUCGGAAAGAAUUCUUUUCUGCUCACCACGUUCGACGCGAGCAGCGAGAACAUCACGCAGCUGGAGCUGCCGAUGCCGAAAGUGGAAGGGCAGGAAGCGUGGUGGAGAAGAGAGUCCGAGAGCUCGUAUCACAUGACGAGAGAUGGGUCGUGCCUGGUGGCGAUCUACUCCGGAACCCGGCGAAGCGGCGACGGCGACGGCAGGAGGCCGACGGUUUUCUUGGAGGUGUGGGCCGCGCUGGACUACGAGGCGCUCGCCGGGAAGAGAUGCUCUUGGAUUAGGUUGUGCAAAGUGGACGCUGCUCCUGACGGUGUCAUUCCUGCUGCUCUGCCUCGUUGGCCGGGACGUGAUUCAGGGGUUUGGAGGCAUGGCAGGUUCUUCGUCGAGUGGUCGAUGAUGGCGGUGGCUAAAGAUCUCGUUACGGCGGCGCGCCGGGCAAUGAGAUUAGGUUUUCAAUAGAGAGGACCGGGGUCGUGGAUCACGAGCUUGAGUACAGGUAUUUGCGACGUGAAGCUUAUGUUCCGUCCGCGGCUCCUCUGGCGACGGCGAGUACCCACUCUAGAGAAAGGAAAAGAUCGCUUGUGCGAAGAUUGAUGGGAAGUGCUGGAAGUUGAACUGAAGGAUCGAACUUGGGUGUCGUCGGAAAGUAUGGGAGUUUGGAGUCAAGCAUUUGUAUUUUUGAGUUUAGUUUCUGUUGUUGUCGUGUCGUUGAUAAGUUGCGAAUUGGUCACUUUUAGCGAGUCGGUUAAGUUUUGUUUAUCUUUUCUGUUAAUCUACCGGAUUUUAAACGUUAAAGACAGGAGAGGCUACACAACUAGCACUCUUACCUGUCGAUUCAAAGACAAACCAAAUAAGAGAAAUUAAGCAGCGUAGGAUGUAGACCAGGAUAGCGUAGGGCUUGUUAUGCCACACAAUGGGCAGUCCGAUUCACAUCUCGAGGUGUGUAAAGUAAAUAGACCCUUGGUAA